AAUAUCCCCAACUCCAUUAUAAAACGUCAACAACCGAGAAGAAAUUGUAGAGACGAGUAAGAUUGAAGGAUAUUGGGCGGGUAAACUAAGAUCCGUCGAGGACGCCAUGGGAGAUGGUGAGGGUGGUAUGACGGAGAGGGUGAUGGUGAAGCCACACUUUGUGCUGGUGCAUGGUAUAAGUGGGGGAGCUUGGUGCUGGUACAAAAUCCGGUGUCUCAUGGAGAAUUCCGGCUACAGGGUGUCAUGUAUUGACCUCAAAGGCUCCGGAAUUGACCAAACCGAUCCCACUACCCUUGUUUCUUUUGAUGAUUACAAUAAGCCGCUCAUGGACUUCAUGUCCAAUUUGCCCGACAAUGAACAGGUAAUAUUAGUGGGGCAUAGUGCCGGAGGACUGAGUGUAACUCAGGCGACUCAUAAGUUUUCAAACAAAAUUCGGCUAGCUGUGUAUGUUGCAGCAACGAUGCUAAAAUUGGGUUGCUUGACAGAUGAAGACCUCAAGGAUGGAGUACCCGAUUUAUCUGAAUUUGGCGAUGUAUAUGAGCUUCAAUUCGGAUCGGGUCCUGAUCAAGCUCCGACAACCGCCCUGGUCAAGAAAGAAUUCCAACGCAAAAUUAUCUACCAUAUGAGCCCUCGAGAGGAUUCCACACUAGCUAGCAUGCUUUUAAGGCCAGGACCGAUCAAAGCAUUACUGGCUGCCCGUUUUGUGGACGAUCAUAACGUGGAUAAGGUGCGGCGUAUCUACAUUAAGACUACCCAUGAUCGAGUGGUCAAACCGGAGCAACAAGAUGCGAUGAUCAAGAGAUGGCCUCCAUCUGAAAUCUAUGUCUUGGAUAGUGAUCACAGCCCCUUCUUCUCCGCACCAUUUCUGCUCUUCGGCUUCCUACUCAAGGCUGUCACUUCUUGUGGUAUAAAGCUAUAAUUUUAUUUUAUUUUAUUAUUAUUAUUUUUUUUUCUCUUAUUGGGGUAUUGGCAAAUUAGUGAAGCAGUUUGUGUGUGUGUGUGUGUGUGUUUUUUUUUUUAACUCU